AACACUGUCACUGCGCGUUCAUACGUUCACCAUGGCGAGGAAUGUUGUGUGUUGCCGGUCGUGGGGAACAAAACUUCUUCUUAACGGAAGAUCAUCGAAUAAUACUCGAACAUUGCUAUUUUCAUUAAGAAGAGGUAGUCACAGCGUUGCUGAAGUUUCAAGGACUGCCACAAUUUCUCCUGAAAGGGAUCACACCUCCACCAGUCCCGACAAAACAGUUAGUGGAUUGAGCUUCAACGACGGCAAAAACGCGUUCCGAUCGAAAACGACGUGGGAGAUUGUUCGGGCCUUGGCCAUAUUUAGACUGUGCACCUUCGAUAUUCUAGUGAAUAAGAACAAAGAGGUAAGGAAAAUCACAACCCAUACGCCUUAAGCUUGCUUAACCUCGUCCUGUUGAAGUACUGUCUAGACAAGACAUAUCUUAAUUCUUACGUAACCUUCAACUGUAGCAAAACUUUAGUAACGUCCAGAACUCGUUUGCGGCUUUUUAUCCGAAAGCUUUAUAACCAAAUAUUGUCGAUACGCGAGAUAUUUUGUGAGGUAAUCGCACAACACGAACUCUUUUUCAUCGUCUUGCUAAAUUCCUGAAACCGUGUUGUUUACAUGUUUUAUAAAUGGUAACUCCAACUGUCAUGUUGUUGUUGGAAACCUUCAUAUGUAUUCUGUUAUUUGAUUCCCGCUUAUCGUAAAAGAUAGACGAAAAAAAGAAAAACUACUCGUAACUCAUUAUAAUCACUGCAAAAUCUAACGCUGUUGGCGACUAAAUCUAUUGAGUCGACGACGAACCACUCUCGUAUCACAUGUCGAUCGCGAAGUUACGUAAAACAUCAAGAAAAUGGGAAACUUUAAACCAUUUUCAAUUUCUUGAAAUACGGUUAGCAGUAGGUGUAAAUGAAAUCUCUAAAAUUUUAUUUUCGCAGCACCGGUCUUGAAGUUAUUAAACUUUAAAAUUAUUCUGUUGCGCAAUUGAAAAUCCGAUAAUUAACAAAUGAGGUCAAGUAGAGGGCUUUAAGUGAAAUGAUCGUCGAAACAUGUUUUGUCAACUUAAAUUGUACUUUCCACCAUUGAAACGAAAGGCUUUCUACGUCGAAUGGAGAUAAAUUCUCAUCUUGAAACUAGAUGUCCAAAUGUAUUUCGUUCGAUUUCAAAAUAAACCUUUUUCAAGCCUAGAAAUACUUUUCAUCUAUAUCCUCGAGGCUGUUAGAUGCGAUAAUGCAUGUAGCAAUAUGUAUCGGCAUGUAAGUGUAUCAGAAUCAAUAAUUCAUAACAAGGUUUUGCCAGUUUCACAAUCUUGCAACGAUUCAGGCUGUGACUAGUUUCGUUACUCCUGUUGUAUCAGUGGAAUUUGGAACACGCAAGGCAAACGCCUGAACACCCCUCCAGUAAUAUGUUGAACUAGCCACUGUCAAAGAUAAACAUGUACAAUAUUAAAUACGCUGUGUUGCUUACGGGAAUAGGAACACAUUUUGAAUAUUCUACAUUUUAAGUAUCCUGAAAGUCUACUUAUUUGCCCAAAAUGAAGUAUUUUAGCAUUUGGCCUGACUGUUGACUACAUUGUAAAAUUAUUCACAUCCUUUGUUGCCCUCAUUCAAACCAGCUUGAAGCUGAACUGGGCUAGCCUACAUUAAUAUUGCUAAUAAACAAAUGAAUAAAUUUUAGCUUAAAUCAGAGCAAAUUUAUGUAACAGAGAAAUCUGUAUCAGGCAAACUCCUCUAUGAGGAAAAUCUUGUCUUGAGCAGCCAUCAAGAAGAGUCAUGUGGAUGCUCAUUUAGAUACUGAUUUCACUUUAAUAAACAAUUCGGGCUUUACUUUGUUAUUUCAAAAUUGCUGAGGUCUUGUACCUGAUGCAUAAAUAAAAUCUACCAUACACACUCAUCAUUCUGCAACAAUUUUCCUUGAGAAACUCUCUUGUAAAAUUACAUAAUUUUAAACUUUACUACUGUACAUGUUUCAAUUUUAGUUGCUUCAGUUUGGUCAAAAGAUUCUUGGAAAGAAUUUGUUCAGGAAGUUAAUGAAGGCCUCUUUUUAUGGUCAUUUUGUGGCUGGUGAAGAUCAAGAAGCAAUCAAGCCAGCAAUUUCUAAUUUGGAGAAGUUUGGAGUUGGUGCAAUUUUAGAUUAUUCCGUGGAAGAGGACUUGUCAGAAAAUGAAACCAAAAGUCACAUGGGACAAAAUACUGAAGAUUCUGUAGAUCCAUCAGACGAACACGACAAAUACAAACCCCAUGAAGAAUUUGCAGAUAGGAGGAAAGGAGUGUACAGUGCUCGGACAUAUUUUUAUGAAGGGGAAGAAGAGUGCGAAAAGAGAGUCGACGCAUUCUUGAAAUGCAUUGAUGCAGCAGGUAAGAUCGCUGUAUAAACUUAGUUGAAUUCUAAACAUGGAAUAGAUAGAAUUAGGAGCCCACAAUGGGCUCCUGAUAGAAUAGAAUAAGUAAACAUAUGUAUUAUUAUUUAAGGCAAUAAUAAGGUAUUUUGAAAUUAAUUUUUUUUUAUAUAUAUUACAGCAAGUUCUUCCAAGGAUGGCUUUGCUGCAAUCAAGGUUACAGCCUUAGGAAGGCCUCAGAUACUUGUGAGUAAGACAUCUUUUGAGAAUUAAGGCAGUGGUUCACACUACUGAUGCUAACACAAGCUCAAAAAUUCUAGAAUUAAUUAAAUCUUUUUUGACCAUGUGACCAUUUGAACUUGUGAAAAAAUUGAUAAAUAAUGUGAAUCCUUAAGAACACUCUCCCUCCAUUCAAAAUUGACCAGAAUAGCUAAUCACUCAUUUUGGUUGCCCAAAUUUAGUGGUUAUGAGGAUCAACAGUAUGCUUUCAAAACAAAAACAUUAAUCAGAUUACACCCUUAAAAUGAUUCAUUUCUGAAUACAAAGUAUGCUCCUUUUCUUACAGAUGCGAAUCUCAGAAAUUCUGAAUCGGACACAGUACUUCUUUGAUCAUCUGGCUUCAGAUUCUGUCUUGAUGGAUAAGAUUGGAAACAGUGUUGCCAGAGACAAGUUCUUUGAAGGCCUGAAAACACUUGGGGUAAUUGAUGCUGUCUUUUGAAUGGUUCACUUUGCAUAGUUGAGCAGUUCUAGGCAAUUUCAAGUAGAGUGAUAUUAUAAUAGGUGUGAAUUAAUUGACUGUAUGAUCGUUUCUUUUUUCACUGUCAGGUUGAGAUGAAUCCAGAAGAAGCAAACAGAAUAUUUGACUUAAUUGACACCAACAAGUCAGGGUAAAGUAAAGUUAUGAACAAUAACUACAAUUUGUUGAUUCUAAAAUGAGCAUAAGAUAAUGUGAAUUUUAGCUAACUUUUCUCUUUCAAGUUAUGAAAAUUUGGCAGACUAUUGGCUAACAACCUGUGUUGUUAUGAUUAAUUCUAAAUUGAAGGCUGAUGGCAUGAAAAGCUAUUUGCAAUCCAUUCGAUAGUAUUCCUUUUUUUUUAACUUGUAGAAAGCUGUUUUCUGAUGGAAUCAGAGUACUACCCCUGCCUAGCCCUUUACACCAAAUCUCCUUUUAUUAAUACUCCUCAGCCUGUCUUCUUUCAAGUGUACUCCCCAAAAUUAACAAAAAGGGCAAUUUUAAAUGUGACACUAAAUUACAGCUGCUGUAUUCACUUACCAUAAUCUUGACUUAAUUUAUUACAAUGAAUUAUGCUGGUUAUCCUUAAAAGCUUUGUAUUUUCCAUUUCUAGUGAUAUUGAUGUCAUAGAAUGGCAUGAAUUCUUAACCCCGCAGCUGAAACUUUCUCAGUUAUUCAGGGCAAAGCCACAGGGUGAUGUAAGUUCUCAAAUAUUCUUCUCAUUUUGAAAGAAAGUAAAAUCUUGUUCACCUUGAUGGUUAUCUGUUGCAAGGAGUUUCAGUUUUAAAUAAUGAAUUUGUAUACACAAAAUAUUUGAAAUACUUCUUAAAAAAUGACAGCAUGAUAGACUGCAAUAAAUUUUCAUUCUGUAAUUGGUUGUUAGGAUUCAUAGUAAUUUUCUUUUUUUCACAGGAGAAGUCAGGAAGGCCAAUAAUUUCAGCUCUGACAGACGAAGAACUUAUUCAAAUGGAAAAUAUGGCAAACAGACUAACAACUCUUGCUGAGGUGCACACUGUCUUCUUGUUAGCCCUUAACCCUUCAACACCCAUAGGGGAUUAACAUGUAGCUUCUCCCUAUAAUAUCUUUACAUUGUCUAGCCAACAGGUAACUAGAAUACUCAAACAAAUCAGGUCGAAUUUGUCAUGAUUAACAAGGAAAUGUUUAGCAGUCAAGGAGGGGGGGGGGGAGAAUUAACAAUCAGAUCUCAGGAUUAUAGGGUAAAUCCUAGAAAAGACAUACCACACCUACAAGAACACUUUUUAGUCUUCCACUUGGCAAAAAAUACUACUAGACUUGAAUGCACUGCUGGUAGCAGUGAAUAUUUUGUAAGGAGCAUUCAUUAAUAAAAAUUAUUUCCAAUAAAAGGAAAAAAAGACAGUUUUAUUUUUAAGUUAGUGAGGAAGACACUACAAGUGUUCCCCCACUUGAGAUUACAGUAUACUACAAACUGAUGAGGAAAUUUAGGGGAAAAAGAUUAUUGUUGGAAAAAGCUGCAGGCAAAUUAGAGUAGAGCUUAUUGUGAGCUUAAGAAACUUUGCACUUCCACCUGCCAAGAAGAUUCCUCAAACAAAAACAUGAUUUUUGUGCGAACAUUUUUGUAAUUAUUAGCAUGCUUCAAAAACUGGUGUGAGGCUUAUGGUUGAUGCUGAGCAAACCUACUUUCAACCUGCCAUAAGACAUCUCACUUUAGACUUGAUGAGGAAGUUUAACAAGGAAACACCACUUGUGCUGAACACAUACCAGUGUUAUUUAAAGGUGAGUGUUUGUCUACAAGUUUUCACCUUCAUGGAAGUCUUCAAGUUGAUAUUUCCUCAGUAGUUGUACAGUUUGGAAGGGUAGACUUCUUUCUGGUGUUCUUUGAGGGGUAGCAUGGCAAUUGUAAUGCACUGGUCCUUUUUUACUGUACUAAUACAAAUGAAGAGGCCUUGGCUGUAGUACUAUUGAGUUGAUGUCACUAUUGUAACAACCAAGUCAAGAGGUCAAGAACUGACAUUAGGCUGCAGAAGGCUUUAUGAUUUAAUUAUACAAAAGUAAUGUACCCCAAAAAACCCACAAAGGGAAGCUAUACACUACAUAUUACUACAGCUCACUUGGUAUGAAAAAAUUGCUCAAAUAUAAUAUCAAAUAGUUGUGCUAUCUUGUAUAUCCAAGGACACCUACACAAAGAUACAAACAGACAUGGAAUUGGCAAGACGGGAAGGAUACAUGUUUGGUGCCAAGCUUGUGCGAGGUGCUUACAUGGAGCAAGAGCGCCUUAGGGCCAGCACAAUAGGCUACCCUGACCCAAUCCACCCAAGCUACAAGGCAACCAGCAAAUGUUUUGAUGAAGUUUUGAAUGCUGUGUUAGAGGAAACCAAAAGAGGAAAUGCUAAUGUUCUUGUGGCAACUCACAAUGAGAAUUCCAUCAAGGUGGCCAUCAACAGGUAAUUUUCAGUUUACUGCCACCUUAAAGAUUACAAACCACCAUCUGCAUAGCUUACAAUCAAGGAUUUAGGUUCACCUUUCAAACCCUUUUCUGGGAACAGGCACUAAUAUUACACCAUUGCCAGCCGCUUGUGGAAAAAGAUAUUGAAAUCCUUGGCUCAUGGUAUAAAUCUUGCCUUUCUGUACAGCAAAUUGCACAGUAAGAUUUUUAAAAUAAAGCACCAAUUUAUUUAUAACUCAUUUAAGCUUGAAUUGACCUUGCUUUUGAUGUCCUUAAGUGCACAAUGUGAAAUCGCUCUGCCAUACAACAUUUUGCACACUGUGAUUGUACACUGCUGAGGGGCUAUAGCAAAGGGGAUACUAUUUUUUCUUCAAGAUCACAGAGAGUUUUAACAAUUUUUUUUUUAUCUUCUCAUAGGAUGCAUGAAUUGGGAAUUUCACCUCAGGAAAGGAAAGUCUUCUUUGGACAGCUCUUUGGAAUGUCUGAUGCAAUUUCAUUUACAUUAGGUAUGAGGGUUGUACAGUUACAUAUCUGCAUUUCAAGAUAUAGUUGCUUGAAGUAUUGAUUUACAUGGCUUUUGCAAUCACACAUUACCAGCACAGGGAAGGAGUAUUGCGGCCCAAUGAAGCAUAGCAGGGUACAAGAGGCUCACAUUUGGAAAGCUCAGUUAAAUGAAGUAAAAUACGAGGUCUAAGAUUCAUUAAACUGUGCUUUUCAGUGAGAUGCAAAGAGUCGUGGUGAAGGUUAAGUUCAUUUAAAAUUUGCUUUACACUGUUGUCAAUCAUAUUACAGACCUCUUCGGAAACAUGUACGUUAUCUAGUAGAUCCCAAAGGUCAUGUUCUGAAUUGCAAAUUUGAAAAUUUCAAUCCAGAUUAUUUGUAACUUGUAGGGUCCAUUAAAAUAUGGUGCUAGAUGGCUUGGCUUGGCUCGGCUCAGAGCCUCAAAGCUUGCAAGUAAUACUGCACAGUUCAGUAAACAUCUAAAACAAAAGUCUAAGACAAACCAGAAUAAUCACAGUAUGUAUAAAGGCAUACUCCCCAACCUUCAUAGUUCACUUCAGUGAUUCACAGGAAUUGCCUUCAACCACUGAACUAAGAUUUUUCUCAUCUUUGAUUCAGGUAAUGAAGGGUAUGCUGUGUACAAGUAUGUGCCAUUUGGGCCUGUGGAAGAUGUUCUGCCAUACCUCUCGCGAAGGGCCAUGGAAAAUAAAGGCCUCUUAAAGGGGGUGCUCAAAGAGAGAGGCCUUCUCUGGGGGGAGCUUAAAAGGAGGUUCCAAGAGGGAGAGCUGACAUACAACCCAGCAUUGUGAGAUGAUAUUGGUUCUUCAAAAAGAAGCCACAGCUCCAGAAAGCAGACCUUGCUUUCAACAGUUUUUCAAACUAGAGUUCCUUUGACCAUACUAAUUAAAAUUCAUACUAAGAACAACCAUAAUAAUAGGAAUAUAAUUUGAUUACAGUCACAAUUGUUUGUAUAUAAAUAUAAUUACACAUAAUUUUUAAAAAAUUAAGGAAUUCAAGACGGAACAAUCUUUAGAUGCCAUAUGCAAGACUUGUUUUGCUCAUUUGCCCAAAUUUGAAACACCUUUUGCAGUCCACAUUUGUUGGAAUUCAAAAUUUGGCAAACACUUACUGUGCUUGCUGGGAUUUUCUAUCCAUUAUUGACAAGAUGUGGCUUUAAGUGUAGCUUAGUGAAAUAACCUUAAGGUUCUAACAAUGAUCUGGACCUGAUACCUCGUUCAGUAUCAGUUUAAUUAAGGAAACUGUACAUCAGUCGAGUUGUUGUAUGUAUAUUCAUUCCAUACACAAGAAAUGCAAUAAGUACUUUACUCCAUGUUUGCUGCUGAGGGUAAAAACAGUCAUUAAGUUUUGAUGUAGAGUAAAAUAAUACUACAAAUUUUACAUCCUAGGACAGAUUAUGUUCAUACUUUUUCAGCAAUGGAAAGUAAGAUUUGCAGUUUAAUUAAUACAGUAAUGAGGCAAAUUUUUUUGCAAAAUUUUUUAAGGUAUUGACAUAGUAAAUAAGAAGCUUACAGAAAUAUUUGUUCAUGAAAAAGGUGCUUGAGGGCAAAGGGCAGUAAUUAGUAAAUUUAUCAGUACCACUGGGUUUUUUGUUCAUCCAGACAAUAUAGUCUGAAGGAAAUUGUGUUAGCAAGUAUUUCUUUAUGGAAUACCUUAUUGAUUUUUGAGUUUAUUUAUUCCUGAGGAUUUGUAAAUAUGUCACAGUCAACUGUUGAGAAUAUAAAUUUGAACAAUAGCACAGAAUGGAUGAUAUAACACUAAAAGUUGAAAUCAAUGGGGCGAGAUUCUAAAUACAUGCGUUAAGUGGGGGUGGGGUAUACUUUCCUCUUGUGUCACUUGGGACAUUGCUUAAUGUUUAGGAUUUUAAUGUUUAAAAUCAUCUUUGCAAAUAUUGUACAGAACAAGAGGAAUGUUUUAAUUCUGGAAUGAUGUAAUUAGUGGUACUCUGAAAUUCAAUGAAAAAUAUUACAUGCAUAAUUCUACUAUAGAAAAUUAGAUUCUGCUGUUUUCCAAUUAUUUUUAAUAUUGAGUAUGCUGGUAUCUGGAAAAUGAUUGGGGUAUUUUCAGGUGUAGGUAACUAAAGAAGAAUCCAGUCUAGGGAAAACGCAAAUAAAUAUGUAGAAAUUAGCAUUGGCUCUUCAUCCAUAGCUUAAGGGCACACUUGUCCUCUAGUUAGGAAUGGUGAAUGGUAACUUGAAAAAUUUGGGGUGAUAAAAAUUUCUAGUCAGAUAUUGAAAUUCUCUAAACCUUUAAGUUGAGUUGCAAAGUGAUGUAUUUCUUUCAAAGUUUUUAGAGUCUGGGAUUUGCUAUUCCACCAGGGUGUGGAUGUAGAGUAGCUCAGAGUGAUGGUUGUGAGGAUUGCAAUUUGUGUAUGAUUAUUUUCAUUUUUCUUUUUAAAACAUUGCAAUGUAGAAGUCAAGUUAUAUAAGGGAAUGAAAAAGGGAGCAUAUUGACAUUAAUCUGUUCGUAAGGAUUGUAAUAUUGAAAUGUCUGGGUUUUGGACUUUGGAACAGAGGUUUUGAAGUCUUGUGAGUCUUGGAUUUUAUCAUAUAUAAACCCCGUUUUGUAAUAGAUGGUAAUGUCUUUGUCUGAGUUAUUGAUCCCAACACUAAUCUCCCAUUUUUAAGAUGUCUUUGCCUGCAAAUCAGAGCCAGGCCAAGGUGCAUGUCCAUUCAUGUGAAAAUCAGUCCAAUUUGGGUGUCAGUUAAAUAGGUAAAUGAUGUAACAAAGACCUACUGAGAUAAUCAAAAUAAAGGCACAUGAGAAAUGGACUAGUCAAAUAUUAGAUAAAUUAAUUACACUUAGAAUAAACAUUUUCAAUAGGGGUAAAAUAUGGUAUGUGUACUGAAAUGUUGUAAAUAAUUGGUGUCCUCAAUGAAUGAUCGAAUAAAAACAAGGUGUUUACACUUCCACCAGAUUGUUAACUCAUCUAAUAUAGAGUCUUGGUUAAGAAGCAGAGGGGGGGCACUUGUAAGCCAUAAUAAAACUAUUUGAAGAGAUGUGUUCCACACAACAUGAUGAA